AAUUUUGUUUACCGGAGGGGGCCGGGACGAUAGUGGGGAUCUUUGUGGGUUUCAAGAAUGCAACUGAUGCUGCGCUUUUCACAUGUUUUUGUGAACCCCCAUACACUUUAAUUUGAGGCUGGUGAUUGUGUAGUUAUAUAUGGGAAUUAGCUGUUGCAAGACUCACGAACCACUGCGCCAGGACAGUUAUGAUGUAGAUUACGGAAGAAAUGCCUCAAGAAGUCCUGGUGGUUCCAGUCACACAGAUGAUCUUGUUUUGGAUGCACUCCGUGCCCUCAGGAAACUCGCAGAAAAUAACAUGGAGCCUCCAGAAUGCAUGACAAUUUUACAUUCUCUGGCGGAAGAAGAGGAGGGAUGGCUGAAUGUAGUCAAGUCCUGUAUAUUUGCUAUUCCACUGGAAGAUUCACUUGGAGCUGCUGUUGUCUGUCUUCUUCUUGAUGAGUGUCCUCUUCCAACAAGGGAUGCAAUACAAACUCUCUCAUCAAAGCUGAAUUUGUCCAAGAGCCUUAAAAAGCUUGUAUUCAACACCCAAAGAGAUCAUCGUCAAAAUGAGCUCACACCUUCUAUUUGCCGGAACUUGGCUGUUGUUUUGGCAUGCUUGGCUGACAAGUUGGCUGGUCCUCUGAGCAUUGUAUUAUUGACUCAAGGCGCUCUGGAGUUUCUUUUACAAAGACUGACAACAGCUGAAUACCCUGGUGUGGUGCUGAAUUCAAUAUUAGCCCUGGAAAAAUUUGCCCAAACAAGUGAAAACAAGCUUACAAUAAGGGACUCUGGUAUAGCAGAAAUGUUAGUAAAUUUGGAGAAGGAAUGGCUUGGAAGCAAAGACUUUGAGAGGCAUCAGGCUGGAUUUUGUUCCCAGUGGCUUCUUGACAAUAUAUUUUCCUUUAAGAAUCGUCCCUACUCUUAUGAAAUAGCUGAUGUUAGUGGUAUUAAUGUUAUGCUUAAUAACAAUGAUGUGAGUGAUUAUUUAAAAAUAUCCCCUACAGGACUGGAGGCAAGGUGUGAUGCAUCCUCUUUUGAAAGUGUGCGGUGUACAUUUUGUGUUUCAACUGGUGUUUGGUAUUAUGAGGUGACUCUUCUUACAGCUGGGGUGAUGCAGAUUGGCUGGGCCACUAAGGACAGCAAGUUUCUCAAUCAUGAAGGAUAUGGUAUUGGUGAUGAUGAGUUUUCUUAUGCAUAUGAUGGCUGCCGACAGUUGAUAUGGCAUGGAGCCAGGAGUACGCCCCAUCACCACCCCCCUUGGGUACCAGGUGAUGUUCUUGGCCUGCUCAUUGAUUUAGAGCGUGGAAAAGUGGCGUUUUCCAUGAACGGAGAUACAAUUAUAAGAGAUUUUAAGGCAGCGCUUUCAGGGGCUGGAUUCUUCGCUGCAGCAAGUUUUAUGUCUUUUCAACAUUGUAUUUUUAAUUUUGGAGCCAAUCCCUUCAGGUUUCCUCCCAACGUUCCUUUCGACAAUUUCAACGAUAAUGCGAACAUGUCAUCCGAGGACAAAAUAGUUUUACCAAGGCACCUAAAGUUAGCUGCUAUUCGCCAAGAGAGCAUAGCUAAUGAUCCUUGUAAAAUAUGUUAUGAGAAUUCUGCCGAUACAAGACUGGAACCUUGUAACCACAGGGACGUUUGUAUGAGGUGCGCUUUACAACUCGAAGACUGCCCUUUAUGCAGAAGCCGCAUUCAAGAUAGGGUUUUGGAUGACCACAGUAUGCUACCCUCGCCACAGGACACCAGCUGACAAUAGCUGAUUGCGCCCUUGGCUUGUAGAAGGAAACAAAUUUUACCAAAGCUCGGACCCUAUUGUUCUACGCCUUAGCGGGUUAUAAGCAAUUGUUCAGACAUGCUGUAGGACAAGCUGUAAAGUUAUGCUUAUAGAUUCGUGAUUGUUGCUCACUCAAAAUACGAGGCAUAGUUUUAAUAUUAAAUUAUUUGACAUUACAAAAGUCCUAUCUACAUUCGGGUUUUCCUCAUAUUAGAUUAUUGUAAAUGACAAAGUUCCGGUUAGUUUGACUGGUUUUCUUUAUAAUAGUGAUUGCUGCUGGACAUAAUUUAGGUAAUGUUCAUUUGUUUGCUAGUUUGGUUAUUGUUUGUUUUUGUUUACUUCCUGGAGGCCAACAUAACUUACCGGAACUCGUUGCAACUUGGAAUAAUGCUGAAAGCAAGAAGUUUUUAUGUCUGAUUGUGUAGGGAGAUGAAAGUGUCUGAGAUUGUGUUACAAACUUGUUUGAGAGGUAAUAUUUCAAAAACGAGUGCGCGUGUUUCAUCGGGGUUUCCAAA